GGAUCUUUGUUCUGCAGUGAGGGACUACUGGAUGGAGGAGACGACGACAAUCAGGCAUCAUGCGAUUUUUGUCAAGUCUCCUUUGGGCAGCUCUUUUGAUCGAACAGGUUUUAGGUGAAUAUGGCAUGGCACAUUUCAGCGACGGGGGCAACAGUAAAGGCAAAGAUUACUGCAUAUUCUUCAACUCUCAGUGGGCUCGACUACCUCAGGACCUCAGUAAAGCAGCACGGCUGCAGACGUAUGAUCUCACCAUCUCUGUGCUGUGCUCCCCCACUGAUGUACCUGAGGGUGGCUUCCCAAACAGCAUCCCAAUGGUGAUGAGAGGAAAUUGCACUUUCUAUGAGAAAGUCAGAUUGGCCCAGAUCAAUGGUGCCAAGGGACUUCUGAUUGUCAGCAAAGAUAGACUGACUCCACCCUCAGGCAACAAGUCCCAGUAUGAGGAGAUAGGCAUCCCAGUGGCCUUGCUAAGCUAUAAAGACAUGCUGGACAUCAGUAAGACGUUUGGGGAGAAAAGGCAGGUGGCCAUGUACGCACCCAAAGAACCAGUGGUGGACUACAACAUGGUGCUCAUCUUCCUGAUGGCGGUGGGCACGGUGGCUGUCGGAGGAUACUGGGCUGGCAGCAGGGACAUUAAAAAACGUUACAUGAAGCACAAGAGGGACGACAGUGCUGAGAAACAAGACGAGGAGACCGUUGACGUCACCCCCAUCAUGAUUUGUGUGUUUGUGGUCAUGUGUUGCUCUAUGCUGGUGCUCUUAUAUUUCUUCUAUGAUCAAUUGGUGUAUAUGACUAUCGCGACGUUCUGUCUGGCAUCUGCCGUUGGUCUGUACAGCUGUCUUUGGCCUUUUGUCCGAAGAAUACCGUUUGGGAAAUGCAGGAUACCUGAGAAUAACCUGCCAUACUGCCACAAGCGGCCACAGGUGCGCAUGCUGAUCCUUUCAGCCUUCUGUAUAGGAGUCAGUGUCACUUGGGGAGUUUUCCGCAACGAAGACCAGUGGGCGUGGAUACUUCAGGAUGCGUUAGGCAUCGUGUUCUGUCUCUACAUGCUGAAAACAAUCAGGCUGCCCACUUUCAAGGCCUGCACUCUGCUGUUGGUCGUGCUGUUCGUGUAUGACGUGUUUUUUGUUUUCAUAACACCACUCUUAACUGAGAGUGGGGAAAGUAUCAUGGUCGAGGUAGCAGCUGGUCCAUCGGAUUCCUCUACUCAUGAGAAGCUUCCCAUGGUGCUGAAAGUGCCCAGGUUGAAUUCAUCUCCUCUGGUCCUGUGUGACCGGCCCUUUUCUCUCCUGGGCUUUGGGGAUAUCUUGGUACCAGGUCUGCUGGUAGCAUAUUGUCACAGAUUUGACAUUCUCAUGCAGACUUCUCGAAUAUACUUUCUGGCCUGCACUAUUGGCUACGGCAUUGGUCUUCUCAUCACAUUUGUGGCUCUGGCGCUGAUGCAGAUGGGUCAGCCUGCCCUCUUAUACCUGGUGCCUUGCACGCUCCUCACCAGCCUUGCGGUGGCACUGUGGCGUAAAGAACUGCCUUUGUUCUGGACAGGAAGUGGAUUUGUGGUGAAUACCAGUUUGAUAUGAGUGCCUUCUUCAGUCGGAAAAGUUCUAGGGUUAUGUACGGUUACUAGACUUACAGUUGAGUAAAUUCACCCACGUGUUUUUGUUCCGCUCUUAAUUUGCUCUCAUUUUUACUGUGGGCGUUUUCUUUAAAAGAGGGGUUCGGUGUCAACCUUGGGAAGAAAACGGUCGUUUCCAAUAUGUCCUUAACACAAAAUCUACACCCUUUGAUUUCACAGACAUUUGUUGAAAAUGUUUAGAAACAUAUACAGCAUAGAUCUCUGAGAUCCUGAAUGGAAACUCCUGUAGUAAAAGGAGAUUUUACAGAGAUUUUGAAGACUUUAGACAAAUGCCUGUUUGACUGAACUUAUUAUAUCUAAUUGUAUUUCUUUAAACCACAGUAUGAGGAAUUGCUGUGCUACGGACUGAUAUACACGAGUUAAAACCACCGUUUGAUAAACACCAGAUCUCUCCUGUACUGUAGGUCUGGUAAGAGAUCUGUGUGUGCCAGAAGAGGGCUCAUGUUUCAUUUCCUCAGCUCUUUAGCUAACAGUGUUCUAGCUUUUAAUCUAAUAAUCGGCCUGGAGAUUUGUUGGUCUUGAGUUAAUCUGUGGUGGUUUCAUGUACAAGAAGAUCCGUGUUAUCUCCUCUGAUUUUUUGCUUCUUCACUAAGUUACAGAUCAGAAGCCGUUUUUUAAGUGAUUCAAACAUUUUUCUUUUGCUUUAAAUUGCAAUUGCAUUGGUAUUACUGUCUGUAUUUUUAUAUACACUGCCAUUCA